AUGCUCGUCAAGCAAAUCACUGAAAUCAAGGUCGCAUUGGCACCAUUCAACAAGGCUUCCAAAGCUUCAAGGCUAUUCUUGAACCGUGUCAACACAGAUGAGACCCGUAAAAUCAACCCGGCAAUAAAGAUCAGCACACAAUUCCUUCAGGAUGCAAAGGCACCUUCACGUAUCGAUGUCGUCUAUCGUGAUGGCAAGAAGAUGGGCUUGGAAACAGACAAGAUGAAUAUCGACAGUCUUAUGGAACUCGUCAAUAAGCACGCAAAGAAACUGGAUGAAGUCGAACAAGCAAAUUCGUGGUAG